UCACCACUCACUAGCUAGUCUGCCUUGAGCUUCGAGUAGGGAAGGUUGUGGUGGUGGUGUUGGUAGCAGCUGAGUGCCAGGAUGUCCGGAGAGGCUGUGUACCUGCUGGCGUCCUUACUGGUGGCCUACCUCGUCUAUGUCUUGGUGACUCGAGGUGGGCGUGGCGUGCUAUGGUACUGGUGGCGGCGCGGGCGUGUGGCGGGCGAGGUGUGGUGGGCGCGGGCGGGUGCGGGCGCGGGCGGGCGUGACACAAAGCCGGAGCAUAGUGGAAUAUUGGGAGCGUCAGAAUAUGAGAGAGAGAUGGAGCAACCUAAACCAUUUGUGACAGACCGGCACGAGGAUGUGAUGAGUGUGUGUGGCGUGGACAGCGAGGGGCGGGCGGUGGUCAUAAGGGCAGCCAAACUCUCACACAGGCGCGCUUCCCUACUCGUCACUGUCACAGAUAAGGAUGGAACAGUCUACACCUUGCCCAACCAGCCGGACACGAGCCAGGUCAACGUGGAUGGGGAUGGGUGGGGCGGGGCUGGUCUGACCUUGACCUGUGUUGACCCCAUGAAGCUGUGGAGGGUCAAAUUCAAUGGCCUGCUAAGACGGGGCACUAAAGAGGAAUACAUCACGGAAGGAGAGAGGAAGCCAGGAGAAGAACAAGAGGAGGAGGAGGAGGAGGAGGAGGAAGAGGAGGAGAUUGUACACGCGCGUCUUGAUCUCCUGUGGUGUUCCCUGCGAGGUCCUGUGGAGGCGUGGGCGGUGGUCAGUCCUCGUCUCCUCUCCCGCGCCCUCGCACCGCACCCGAACGCCCUUCCACGAGACUACCUUGAGGAGGAACGGGACCAUUAUGAGCAGUGGGGGUGUUUGCAUGGCACGGUGCAGCUGCAGGAAGGCGCCCCCACCCAGACCUGGUACUUGCGAGGCCCACGGAGGCACAGGUGGGGUUUGGCAGGUGCAGUUGGGCGAGGACUGAGCACCUGCGUUUAUUUCAAGAAUGGUGACUUCUUCUCCCUACGAGCUCACAGUCCCACCUCCUCCGGUCCCCAGUACAUAAAUGGCUACCUGCACAAGGCGUCGGGUCACCUGCAUCCCGUGACCUGGUGUGACCUUGACCUUGAUAAGCUGGACAAACUUGACCUCCUCGGCCACAACCUGCUCAUAAAGUUCAAAGCCGGGGGUCAAACUUACGAGGCGUGGCAGAGGUUGGGCCCAGCGGUCACAUACUACACUGGGGACCCUUGGACAUGUGGUCACGCCCUUCACACCGCCACCGCCGCCGCCUCACACUCCCACGGCCAUGCUAUUACUACUCUCUCCUGCAGGUACACAGGCCUCUGCCCCGUGCCGGAGAGAGAGAGCCUACCCCGUGUGGAGGUUCCCCGGGGAUGGGAAAGUGCUGGCGUUCCUUUAGUGGUGAGCCUGGAGGACCCACGCUGCAGGGACACGGGGCUGGCAGGGGGCAAGGGCGCUUCUCUGGCCAUGCUCACCGCCUACAGGGAGCUCCUUGACACUGACCAGGAAUCAUACGAGGUGCCCCCUGGAAUAGUGAUCACCUCGAGGGCGUGGGAGGUGCAGCUGGCCGCCUGUCCCGACCUGCAGCAGGCUAUCAGGAACCUACGCCUCGCCUCUGCCGCAGGACAGGCCACUAGACUGAAGGAGGCGUGUGCGAGGGCGGUGGAGGUAUGCCGAGGCGUGGAAAUAUGUGCUGAGGUGACAGAGGAAUUGUUUACCUGCUUAGCGGAAAUGAUUAAUCCAGAAACGACCAGAGUGGCCGUGCGAUCGUCUGGCUGUGUGGAGGACGGGGCGGAGGCAUCAGCAGCGGGGCAGAACGAGACUGUCCUUGGCGUGCUGGGGCGGGACAACCUGCUGGCGGCCGUCACUACCUGCUGGGCGUCCCUCUUCACCUACCAAAGCGUGGAGUACCGCAGGCAGCGAGGGCAGCCUGUGGAGAGUGGGAUGGGCGUGGUGGUGCAGGAGAUGGCGGCGGCGGAGGCUGCGGGCGUAGUGUUUACUGUUGAUCCUGCUAGCGGUGACCCUUCCACCAUCAUCAUCACUGCUAAUUAUGGUCUGGGCGAGAGCGUGGUGUCGGCAGGAGCGGAGCCAGACACGGUGGUGGUGAAGAGGAGCUGGCGGGACGCUCUCAGGGUGCAGAGGCGGAGUGUGGGAGGCAAGGCUGUCCAGUGUGUGCUCCGAGAGGGCGGCGGCACGCAGGAGGUGGCCCUGGGGGAGGAGGCGCGGGGUAGGGUGUGUUUGAGUGACAGGGCAGCUCUUAAGGUGGCGCGAGUUGCUCUCUUCCUGCACCACGCCUUUGCUGGACCGCGGGACAUUGAGUUUGCUCUUCUGAAGAGCGAGGCGGUGGUGGUGCUGCAGGCUCGCCCCAUCACCGCCCUGCACGCCUUGACGGAAUACGAGAUGGUGCAUGAACUGGACACCGCUACUCUGACAGACGAGGACCCGAUCACCAAGGGAAAUACCGGCGAGGUGUUUCCGGGCAGCACUUCGCCUCUCUCGCUCUCAGUCGUGGGGAAGAUCUUGGACCUUGCCUUCCAGGAGCAGAAUUCCAUCCAGGACAGACACCACAACUAUCUCUGCCCUUCCUACUACACUCAUGUCUUCAUCAACGUCACUGAGACUAUGUAUCGCAACGUGCAGGAGGAGGCGGCGGGAAUGCUGGCCUUCCGAGCGAUUGACAUGGCUGUGUUUGGCCACCGCAUCACGACCGAGGCCAUGCUGCGCCACGCCAGGGAGAGGUUCGGCACGACAGUCCUGUGGAAGCAGAUGAGCCUCGUCCUUAGACUCAUCUAUGACCGAAUAUCGAUGGGGAUGGCGAGGGUGAGGCGGUACCAGGACAAGUACAAGGACUACCAGGUGGGGCAGGGCAGUGCUGUCAGCGCCGCCGCCUUGUACGCAGAGAUUACCAGGCGGUUCCCAGACCUGAUGGAGGUAACCAUGGCACACGUGAACACCAGCAAAGUCACCUCCUCCUGCCAGACCAUUACCUUUAUGAUGAUGGCCGACGGAAAAAAAGAACUCAGCCAAGAGAACGUGUCAGACAUGGCCGUCUUACUCUCGUCGUGUAUAGGAACAGAGUCUGCCGAAGUGCCCACAGCCCUCAAGGAGCUGUCACGAGUCAUCAGUGAGAGCGAGGAAGCAGAGGAAUUCCUGGCGAUGUCUCCUGAUGAAGCGCAUGUCUGGCUCCGCUCUCACCCUGGCCACGUCGGAGUGCUCUUCAGGCAGAUCCUCGCCAGACACGGCCACCGGAGUCUGAAGGAGCUGGACCUGUACUCCCUCUCCUGGCGAGUUAAUCCACACAACCUCCUGACGACGCUGCAGGCGAUGACGAGACAACCCACAGGAGACAACCCUGCCCCUCGCUCACCUAUUGACCUUGAUGAGCUUCUGGACAAAUUAAGCUCACCUUUAUCACGGGGAACCAGACGUUCAGUGAGAUUCAUGGUGCCGAGGUGUCAAGAGAGCGUCGUGCUGCGAGAAGCCACGAAGUCUUUGCUUAUAAAAGUGAUUGACGGUCUUAGAAGCGGCUACAGGGAGUUGGGCCGGGAACUGGUGAGUGAGGGACGCCUGCCCAACCCAGAUCUCGUUUUCUUUCUGACCCAUUCUGAGCUGGGACAGUUGGUGGCUGCUCCCUCGCCCUCCCUCGUCAUGAAGGCAGUGGGCAAGGCGCGUCUUUACUCUCACCUAGACAACUUGAAAUUCCAAGAGCUCUCCUUUGGUGUACCUCAUCCCAUGCAGGAGAGGGAGGAGGACGCGGCGGGGCAGGGGGCGGGGUCUGGCGUGGAGUUGGUGGGUUCUCCUGUGUACCAAGGCAAGGUGAAGGGAACAGCCAGGGUGGUGAAGAGACUACAGGACGCCGAUACCAUACAGAGUGGUGACAUCCUGGUGACCGUUUGCACUGAUAUUGGCUGGUCACCUUAUUUCCCUCUUCUCUCUGGCGUGGUGACCGAGCUUGGUGGUCUCUUCUCCCAUGGGGCGGUGGUGGCGCGGGAGUACGGGCUGCCUUGUCUAGUGGGCGUGGUCGGAGCUACUAGUGUCCUUCGUUCGGGUGACAAGAUUCUCCUGGACUCAACCCGCGGCACGUUAACUCUUCUCUAGUCUCUCUCUCUCUCUCUCUCUCUCUCUCUCUCUCUCUCUCUCUCUCUCUCUCUCUCUCUUUUAGGCAACUAAUUUACCUCAUAUUAUGGGUUCAAAUUUAGUUCAUGAAAUAAAUAUGUUUUGAAAUAGA